AUGUCUCGUGCUCAGGUCCAGAAGGCUCCCGGUGGUGGCUGCGUUGUCAUGCGCGCCCCCGGCGGCGGUUGUGUCGUGAUGAAGGCCCCUGGUGGUGGCUGCAUCGUCAUGAAGGCUCCCGGCGGCGGCUGUGUCGUUAUGAAGGCUCCUGGUGGCGGCUGUGUCGUCAUGAAGGCUGCUGAGUUCUAA